AUGAACAGAGCUUCCUUCUUAUUCCAAGCCUGCUGCUGCUUUCAUUUUGCUUUAAACGAUGUGGUAGAGAACUGUAAUGGACCAUCUCAGAAAAGCUCAAACACGGACUUCUGCUAG